AAGCGCGGACGGAUACAGCCGCGUCGCUCCGACGCGAAUCGCUUUUAUAGAUAAUCGGCUUGGAGGAAGGACUACUUCAUAUAUGUAUAUAGAUAUUUAUUAUUUGUUGCGUGAAAGGUAUUGCAAUGUAGACACGUAUGGAGUAAUUACACUGACCGCACAGCCGCAGGAAUGUGGAUUUUGCGCCGAUAGCUGCUGGUUACGAUGGAGGCGUUGAAAAACAAGCCGUGUUAACAGCUGUGCAUAGAUCAAUAAUAAUAAUACUAAUAAUAAUACAGUCUGGAUCAGGAAUCAACCUUAUCCUGGGAGUCUGAGCCGGGAAAAAAAAAGAAGUUGGAUCUUAAACUUGGUUGAGGAUCUACAAGAUGUCAGGAGGCUUCACUCCCGCCCCUGGGGGCCCCUUCUCCGCUCUCACCCCGAGUAUGUGGCCCCAAGACAUCCUCGCCAAAUAUUGCCAGAAAGAAGACACAGACGACCAGCCGCAGGUCCGAUACGAUGAGUUUGGAUUCCGAGUGGAGGAGGAAGAUGGCGGCGAGCAGCCCCAGUCCGGCCGGCUCCUCGGGGCCCCCCUGUCCGAGGACCCCCAGCAGAGGCUGCGCUGGCAGGCCCACCUGGAGUUCACUCACAACCACGACGUGGGAGAUCUGACCUGGGACCGGAUCGACGCGAGCCUGCCCCGGUCCGACAAGCUUAGAGCGCUGGUGCUGACCGGCAUCCCUCACAGCAUGAGACCACAGAUUUGGAUGCGUCUCUCCGGCGCUCUGCAGAAGAAGCGCAGCUCGGAGAUGUCAUACCGAGAGAUUGUGAAGAACAGUUCAAACGAGGAGACCCUGUCUGCGAAACAGAUUGAGAAGGACCUCUUGAGGACUAUGCCCAGCAAUGCUUGCUUCUGCAACAUGAACAGCGUGGGGGUCCCCCGGCUGCGGAGGAUUCUGCGGGGGCUGGCCUGGCUGUACCCCGACAUUGGGUACUGCCAGGGGACGGGCAUGGUGGUCUCCUCUCUCCUCCUCUUCCUCGAUGAAGAGGACUCGUUUUGGAUGCUGGUUGCUCUGAUUGAGGAUCUGCUCCCCGCCUCCUAUUUCAGCCACACCCUGCUGGGGGUGCAGACCGACCAGCGAGUCCUGAGACAGCUCCUGGCGCAGAGACUACCGAGACUGGACAAGCUGCUGCAGGAGCACGACAUCGAGCUCUCUCUCAUCACUCUGCACUGGUUCCUCACCUCCUUCGCCAGCGUGCUUCACAUCAGGCUGCUCCUGCGAGUCUGGGACCUCUUCUUCUACCAGGGCUCCGUGGUGCUGUUCCAGAUCGCACUGGGCAUGCUCAGCAUCAAGCAGGACGAGCUAGUUCAAUCAGAGAACUCCGCCUCCAUCUUCAACCUCCUCUCCGACCUGCCCUCUGGGCUGGGGGACCCCUCCCUUCUCCUGGGGGAGUCCAUGCGAGUAGCCGGCUCGCUGGGGGACCCCCUGAUCGAAAGCCAGCGCCGGAAGCACCUCGCUUACAUCAUCGCGGAGCAGGGCCAGCCGGCCAAUCAGCACGCAGCCAUCGCUGCCACCGCACACAACACUAACCUGUCCAAGAUCGUGCGGCGGGCGAGCGGGCGCAGGAAGUCCACGAUCAGCUCCCUGUUGUUCGGGGAGAACAACUCCGAAGCCCUGAAGGCCAAAAACAUCAAACAGACGGAGCUGGUGGCGGACAUGAGAGAGUCGAUCGCUCGGGUAGCGAAGCACUUCCAGAGCCUGGACCCCCGGGACUGCAGCAUGGACCUCACUCCAGACUACACCACAGAGUCUCACCAGAAAGACCACGAGAACUUUGUGCUGGUGUCCCGUAACCGUCGGCGACGGGCGAAGGCGCUCCUGGACUUCGAGAGACACGACGACGACGAGCUGGGGUUCCGCAAGAAUGACAUCAUCACGAUCGUCUCUCAGAAGGAUGAGCAUUGCUGGGUCGGGGAGCUGAACGGACUGAGAGGCUGGUUUCCUGCCAAAUUCGUGGAGAUUCUGGAUGAGCGCAGCAAAGAGUACUCGAUCGCUGGUGAUGACUCUGUCACAGAGGGGGUCACUGACCUGGUUCGGGGGUCCCUGUGUCCGAGCCUCAAAGCGAUCUUCGAGCACGGACUGAAGAAGCCCUCCAUCCUGGGGGGGCCCUGUCACCCCUGGCUCUUCAUCGAAGAGGCUGCAGGGAGGGAAGUUGAAAGAGAUUUUGACUCUGUUUACUCCAGACUGGUCCUCUGCAAGACUUACAGGUUGGAUGAAGAUGGUAAAGUCUUGACUCCUGAGGAGUUGCUGUACAGGGCUGUCCAGUCUAUCAAUAUGAGUCAUGAUGCCGCACAGACUCAGAUGGACGUGAAGUUCAGAUCUCUGAUCUGCGUGGGAUUGAAUGAGCAGGUUCUUCACCUGUGGCUCGAGGUUCUGUGCUCCAGUGUGCCGAGCGUGGAGAAGUGGUACCAGCCCUGGUCCUUCCUGAGAAGCCCGGGCUGGGUCCAGAUCAAGUGUGAGCUCAGAGUGCUGUCCAAGUUCGCCUUCAGCCUUUCACAAGACUACGAACUGCAGACGAGAAAAGAGGAAAAGGAGAGGAAGCCGCUGAAGGAAGGCGUUCAGGACAUGCUGGUGAAGCACCACCUGUUCAGCUGGGACAUCGAUGGCUGAACAGCAAAAACAACAGACUUCCUGUGCUGCGGGUCAACUUCACUCCCAUUCAAACCUUCAGAAAGAACCAACUGAAUGAAGCAGGCAAGCGUUUGGGCUCUAGCGCUGGAACGAGUCUCCUGGACUCGGUUUAGUUUCAAUAACGCUGAUGAAGGCACUAGAGCCCAAAUGCCACUCACACACUUUCUCCGAGAAUAUAAUUGUAAGAUACAACUUAUGAAAGUAUUCAGAUAUUUGAUGACAAAAUUGAUUAAAGAAUAAACAUUAUAUAAGAAAUUAUUAAUCAUGUUGAAAUGUUUUCCUUUUUGAAGAUUACAUUGUCUGUGAUUCGUUCUUCAUAUCAUACCAACAUGUAAAAAACACCCUCAAAAAAUAAAAAAAAAUUAUAUUCCUCGAUA